AUGUACUGGCCCAAUGGGGUACCCCGGGUCUACGCGGUCAAUGGUCCUGGAAUUCCGUUCUCCUCAUCCGGCGAGGAUGAAGCGUUCGAAGAUGAGGUCUCUCAAGGCAGAGAGCCCCCUUCAGAUGAGCCCGCGCAGAGACCACGUGUAGACAACAGGCCCACGGCGUGGGCGGACGAGGCCAUCAAUGGCCUCUGCGUUUCGCGCAGUGGUCAUCUAUUUGCGACAAUGACAGAGUCCUCUAUAGCGGUUUGGCAGACUAAACCUACAGCUGUCGUGGCCGCCGUCGCUCGCUCGCCAACAUCCCUUAGAACCUAUGGCCCCAAUACGUCUCUUCUCAUGCACCCCGACUCCACCAUCCUUGUCGCCCAGACCCUUCACGGAUAUCUUCUUACAUACACUGUCGCUUCAGACCCAAAUUCCCGAGUCUACCAGCAGCGCUUUGAUCACUCGAACCCUCAUCGCCGUCAGCAGAUGGCUCGUCAUUUUGGUGGCGAGGAGUACAAUGGCAUCCGGGAUGUUAGCAUACGAUUCAGGAUGGCCAUCAAGGUGGAGUCUGGUAUUGGGAAGGCUUUGGCUCUGGAUAAUGAGCUCAUUGUGGCCACCGUGAAACCAGCUGCUCUGCAGUGUAUACGGUGGACCCCUGAUAAGAAUGGGACCCAAACAACGUCAGAGCUAUUGAAUCGUAUCUUGGAUGUGUCAAAGAAGACGACUGUUGUCGAGAUGGUCUACGAUCGUGCGAUGAGCCUUUUGAUUUGGGUGACUAGUGACGGAUAUGCGUACUCUGUGCAGAGAGUUCCCGAAGGCGCUCGCGAACCGGAGGAUUCGGGGAAAUUGUUUAAAGGUUAUUGCUUUCACACUCCUGCAAACGACGAUCAGAAAGCGAUUAAGGCUGCAGUCAACGCGCGGUUUUCUCUGCUUGCCGUCAGCUGUGCUAACGGCGAUAUUCUUGUCUACACAGCCAAGGACUAUGCGGGGAACGUUGUCCUUUCGCAUAAAGUCCAGCCACCGGCUUCUACUGCUGCUACCGGUCAUUUGACAUUCAUAAGUUAUUCGCCGGAUGGAUAUUGCCUUUUCGCGGGUUAUGAGCGGGGUUGGGCGAACUGGAGUGUUUUCGGCAAGCCCGGAGGCAGCAGCUUUUCCGUAGACCGUUCUCUCGCUGUAUCCAAUGCGGAGAAUUGGUUGACAGGGGUCUCAAUGGGCUGCUGGAUAGGAGGGGGAUCCGACAUCAUCCUCGCUCGUCAGAACGAUCGCCGUUUAUGGGUUUUGGAAACAGCACGCACUGCAUUGACGGGCUGCUACUCAUCUGCCAACCUCGCAAGGGCUCUCUUGCAGACUGGUACAGAAAUUAUCCUGUAUCGCGGGCAUGACUUGCCUGAUCUUAUGACGAUUUCAGGCAAGGACUCCCUAUGGCAUCAUGCGCAGUAUCCACCUGCAUACCUCCAUGCACAGUGGCCAAUCCGGUCUUGUGUUGUCUCUCAGGAUGGACGAUAUGUCGCCAUUGCGGGACGACGUGGCCUUGCGCAUUACAGCGUCAGCAGCGGACGUUGGAAGACAUUUGAAGAUCCGAAGGCGGAAAAUUCAUUCACUCUCCGUUUAUACUCCCGAGAAUUGCCUCUCAACAACAACAGCAUCCUCCAUAUUGAAUAUCUUCCUUCCCCUGCGGUUUUCGUUGGCCCUUCUGGCGAAGAUUCCCUGCUUGUCUAUACCUACGAUAAUAUACUAUAUCACUAUGUUAUCAACUCUACGCAGUCCAAAGUGUACCUGGUACCGGUUGGUCAGAUAGCUUUCCAUGGCAUUGUCCGUGCACCUACCAGGGUCCGCGCCAUCAGUUGGAUUCUGCCGGAAGAACAGCUACGAAAUGGAGACCCGUCACAGGACGUGAAGGUGGCUUCUGUACUUCUCUUAGUCGAUGGAAACCUUGUCCUGCUGCAACCGACAGUGUCUGACAGCGGCGAGUUGAGAUAUGAUAUGCGCAUAAUCGCGCAGGAUGUCGAGUACUAUAUUCUGAUGCGAGACCAGCUUGCAUUCAAUUUUGCGCCACCGGCCGAUGAACCUGCGAGUCCAUCGGCCGACGUCGCCUUGAGUGCAUCACAAAAUAACUUAUCCCUGAGAGAUUCGCUCUGGAUGUUUUGCGGAAAGGACCUCCUCGCAUGGAGCGAUGUGCAGGAUAUUCUGCAGCGAGAGGAGGUCCCGAAACCUCUUCCUGUUCCGGUUGACUUUUAUCCCUUGUCGGUCCUCCUCAAUAAGGGGAUAAUCCUUGGAGUCGAGUCAGAGAUGAUCCAGCGACGUGAUGUUACGUUUACUAUCCUGAAAUUCGCCAUUAGGACACAUCUCUUCCUGCCAUAUUUCCUCCGACAUAGUCUUGCUAAUCUUGACAUGCCGUCUGCUCUUUCCCUCUCGCAUCAUUAUUCACAUCUCUCAUACUUUGCCCAUGCUCUGGAGAUCCUCCUUCAUCAUGUUUUAGAUGAUGCAGUAGACGGCCAAAACGAGCCACCGGUCGAUUCAUCAGAAGCGCCGCCAUCACUUCUCCCAUCCGUGAUCUCAUUUCUGCAGGCUUGCCUGCCAGCUGACGUGUUUCUCGAUAUUGUUGUUCAAUGCACGCGGAAGAACGAGAUCCGGUCAUGGCGGACCUUGUUCGCCCAUCUCCCACCUCCCAAAGACCUCUUCGAGCAGGCAUUGCGGCUCAAGUCCCUCAAGACUGCGGCUGGCUACCUCCUCGUUCUUCAAGCACUGGAGGAAGAGGAGGAAGGCAGCGAGAGCAGAAUUGAGGACUACGCCGUACGCCUGCUUGGGAUGGCAUCACAGAAGGGGGAUUGGGAUCUUUGCGCGGAACUGGCGCGGUUCUUGAUCGCUCUCGAUAGUUCCGGAGACUUGCUACGGCGGACGAUUGAACGAGUCGGCGUCCGACGUACUGCCCAGAAUAGUGAAACAGGUGACGUCAAGGGGCUGGGUCUGUCUCUGCCCAUACCGCCCUCUUCGACCCCGUCGUCGCUUUCUCCGCACCGCAUUCACCAUCGACGGCGGAAGGGCAGCGAUAUUUCUUCAUAUGCCACAAGCGGGGGCAAUACCGGGGGAACAUCACCGGUCAGGUCCAGGACAGACGACGAAGCUGCCACGACUUCAGAAGGACUGAGUCCUGGUGGAAGCAGCGGAGCUGAGGAGUACUCUUCUGCAACAUUUUCUCCAGCGCCUUAA